AUGCCAAAGAAAAAUCCAGCUCCUCAGCAAUGCCUGACCAAUUUUGAAAACAUCGAACCACUGUUCAAUCAAGAAUUUGGCACAAACGAUCCAAUUUUCCCUGAGUGGACCUUAGAGCGAAUGCCAAGAAAUGUUAACAUUAAGCGUAUCAAAUUAGGCAAGAAUCAGAUGUUAGGUAGAUGGCUCUAUGGAAGUUACAAUACAAAGGGAAAAUUUCGUUGCUUAAAAUGUAUUAAGAGUGGUAUCGUAGAUAAUGAUGCUACCUGGUCUUCAGCUUACACUACUAUUCUAUGUAGAGCUUAUUAUGGACCAGAUACAGAUGAAUAUGGGCAAGACUGGAUUGGUGGAUGGAUUCAAAUGAAAGUAUUUGCUCAGCAAUGUACGAAAUGUGAUGAAUAUGUCACUGUUGAACUUGAUAAUCAAAAAUGCCAAAAUUUUGUAACAUGGUUACAUCGCUGGAUUGCUCACAAGUUUUAUGGGUAUCCUCUUCCUAGUUUUGGCUACCGAGGAAAAAAAAGUGAUGGUCCUCAUCUUGCGAACCGAUGUGAAGCAUGCCACGCAGGAUGGUGCCAUUUUCAUGGAAAUAAGAGCCAAAAUAAAAAAUUUCUUAUUAAAGAGUAA